AUGGGCCCCGCCGCUUUCAUGUGGCCCCCAGACAGAGAGUGGUCUGCCAACAUGGACAACACUGCCCCGUGCGGAUCGUCCCAGGGAGUCGGCAACAGGACAGAGUUUCCCCUUACCGGAGGAAAGAUCGCUCUCGUUGAUCAGGACGAGAGUUAUGAUGUUCAAGUCGGCAUUGCAUACCAAAAUGAUCCCCAGUCUAACGCCGACUUCAAUGUCCUGAUCGCAUCAUCCAGCCUUAAGGAGUUGGCCGAGGGUCACACAUGCGUCAGCAUUGCCAACCCUCCCGACACCGUGUCUGCUGGCAGCAACGCGACUCUGCAGAUCAUCUACACUGCCGAUUUUGACUCGCCGCAGAACCAGACCUUCUAUGCCUGUGCCGACAUUACCUAUGUCUUGAACCAGGAUUUCACCACCUCCAUCCCCUGCUUCAACGCCACCAUCGACGAUGGUGAGAGCUCCCCGACUACCACCCACGGUAGCAGCUCUGCUACAGCAUCUUCUACAUCAGCUGCAACGACCUCGGCUGUUUCCAGCGGUGGUGGGAGCAAGGGCAUCUCCGGGGGUGCAAUUGCUGGUGCGGUUGUUGGUUCGAUCGCCGGUGCGGCUAUUCUCGGUGUUGCAGCAAUCUGGCUAUACCGUCGUCACCAGAAGAAGAACCGUGCUGCUCAGAUCGAGCGUUCUGCUCGUAAUGUCAAGUGGGAUGUCCUGCAUCCAGGAAGGGACAACGCGUCGCAGAACACAGAGAACAUACCAAUGUAA